CCCGGUGGGGCGGAGGAGGGGCUUGCGCCCCCCUCAUUUAUUGGAGUGAAGAGACUCCCGUUGACGGAGAGCCCGCGGUUCACAGCACAGCGGCCGACGGAGUGGAGCUGAUCACACCUGCAGCAGGACAUCUCAGAAAGCAGUAUUUACAAGAAGGUACAUCAGAACUAUAUCUGGACAGGGCUGUUCAAGUUCAAUUUUGUGUUCACCACUGACAAGAAGAUAGAAAAGCUGUGCCCUACUUCUGAACGUCCUGUAGUACAUGAAAACAAGACAUCUGCAAAAAAAAUGAAGAUCGAAAACACUUUAGCAAUGCCUGUCCCGUCAGCCUCAGAUUUAGAACAGCACUCGGACCUGGAGUUCUACAUAGCCACCAAGGAUGACUUUGAGGAGAUAAUGUCCAUAAGCAAAGAUAUUUAUGGUGGGUUAGACUAUCUGCCCAGCCGCUUUGAAUCGUGGCUGAAGGAUCAUAACCGAACAAUCAUUUUGGCCCGAAAGGAGGGCAAAGUGAUUGCCUUGGAGUCUGUGUGCAUAAUUGAUGAAGGAGAGACUGUGCUGGUCGAGGGGCUGCGCGUCGCUCCUGGAGAACGGGGAAAAGGAGUCGCAAGGGUUCUGCUAAGAUUUUGCUCCCAGUACAUUAAGUCCAAAUACCCUGAAGUCAAGGUGACACGCCUGACCCGAGAUGACAAGCUGGGGCCUAGGGAUUUCCAAAAGUAUCGGCUUAUUACCAAGCAGGGCAUUUUGCUUAUGCGUUUCUGUGCUGAGGAUCUCAAGCAGCGCCUCCAGCAAAUACUCAGUGGCCUGAUUGACAUGGAUGCCAAGUUGAACCCUCCUCCAGUUCUUCUAGACCCUAAUGAAGUCCAUCGUAUUUUCCUCAAUAAGACGGUCAUCAAUGAGGUGCUUGCCAACAAGACUAUUGUCCAAGACUGGCAGCCAUUCAAACCCAUCCAUAGCAACCUGGAGGUUCUGCUAAAGAAGGACAUCGACUGGAUGGUGGACAGCAUGAAGCACACCAGUGUAGCCAGCCUGUGCACCUUCCCCUUUCACAUCCCCAUUGGCGAGGAUUGGUACUAUCUCAAUAUUGAUAUUUUUGGAAAGGAUGUAUCUCUGGUGCGUAGCCAGUUCCUAGCACAUCUGAAGCGGCACAUUGAGAAUCUGCAUGGCCAUGUGAUGUGCCAAGUGUGCAUGGAUCCAGCCCUCUGGGAGACCAUGGCUGAUUUUUGCAAGCGGUUGCUUGAAGUAGAGCUGGUGAAAGGUUACACUGAGCAGUGUGUGGUGGAGGCUGAUAUGGUGUAGAGAGAAGAAUAUAGCAAGGUUGCAAAUUUUGCAGAAAUAUUAAUAUUGUGUGAAAUCUAUUCGUAUAGCAUUGUGUUUUAAGUGGCAGUGCUCUGUAAACCUUAUAUUCCCCUUCCGCCACUUGCAGACCUUGCGUACGACUGACAUAUUGCACAGGAGAAUUUUGGAACAUUUAUUUUUGUUCCACUUUCAUUGUAGAUGGGCAGUGGCACUUUAAACCUGCUUGUGU